AUGAUCGUGCUGCGGCGGCUGCUGUGGGAGAUGGAGGUGGAGGAGAAGGGCUCCGAGGCGGCGCCGGCGCACUGGGCGGAGUGGGAGAGGAGCUACUACGCGAGAUACGGCGCCGACGUGUGCGAGAUGAUGGGGGUGCUACAGAGGCUGCUGUUGAACUCCCGGCCGGCGGUGCCGCUUGGGAUCAUCGCCGCCGUCGCCGUCAGCGUCCCCACGGCAGCGGCGGCGGUCGUCUUCAACGUCGUCGUAGCGGCGAUCUCCGCCGGCGGCCUUCUCCUGGGUUGA